AGCUUUCAUCAUUUAAGCAGCAAUCGCUGCUGUAGUAUGUAUUUCCCGCGCGUUCUUGUGAUACUUCUCCUUGUCAUAUCGAUGAUCACCAAUUGUUAUAGCGUGGAUGUCUCGUCUAAGACCAAUUCUGCUUAUGAUGAAGCUACUAAGGACCUGGAGAAAUUUUUGGGUUCUCUGAAACUGAAGAAGUCUACUGUGAAAAACGAUGUUGCCAAUCGUUCGAGGAUUCUGAGGGUCAUUGAAAGCCAUGUAGCUUCAUAAAGUCUCAUGGUCAAUCACUUCGCGAUAUCGGUUUUUCCCGGAUACUAUAUAAUUCUGUUGUUAUGUGGGUUCCGAUGUAUGUCCGAGUUCGCUAAAAGACUUAAAAUGUAUUAUGUUCUAUGGUUGUGGAGUUCACUAUUGCUCGGUUGUACACGUGUUAUCAUAUGUUAAGAUAGUAUGAUAGCUUGUCAUUGAUGAUCUAUUAAUGACGAGUAUCAUGUUCUCUUCUGCUGUGUUUCACUUGUGCUCGAGCCAUUAAAUCUCAACCGUCUUCUCAUAAAGGAUGUAUUGUCCUUGGGUUCUCUCUUCCCCUUUGUGGCGAUAAGGGGCGUUCUGGUAUUGGUUCCAGGCCACCAGAACUUGAAUCUCGAAGUUAUUUCUGUUGCGGCUCGAGGUCGUUUCUGUAAGAUUAAAUAUGAUGUCGACUGAGAUGAGUGGUACGUUGUCUCGAAACAGCUUCCAAUAUUUUUCUCUUCGGUGAUUUCCAUUCGGACCUGUGGUAUCUUCUGUUGUCCGCUGUGUUGUUCUGUGGAUGAUGUAUCUCAUUCCAUCCUCUAGUUACAACCUGUAUUGGAGAUCAAGUUGUGAUUCACAACUCGUCAUUCAGUCUUCCUCAGUGUUAAUUUUAUUCUCGGGA